GAGAAAAGAUGAAUUUUAGGUUAACUGUUAAACCAACUUUAUAUCUUCCCAUACACAAACAAAACGGUCAACAAAACAAUUGAAAAGCAUGCACAACAACACGAUAACAAUACAUUUCAUCAGUUUUAGGCAUAGUAAAAAGCAAACACAGAGAUGGUUAGUCACACGAAAAAUGCAACAUUCAACUUUCAGCUCACCAAAAUUAAACCGAUGCAGCUAGCAGCACAAACAAACUCUGCCAUAUAACUUCAUUCCCACAUCCAACUGCAACACUCCCUGCAAACAUGACUCCUUCCUCCAACUCUUCUACCUCUGCCCAAGACUUCCCUUCGCGAGGCCUUCCGAUUCUUGUCUUGUCGGAGAUUCAAAUGGUGGAGUUGAUCCUUGCUCUCGUGGUUUUCUUGGCGAUACAUUCGCUGAGGCAGGAGAAAAAGCAUGGGUUGGCAUGUUGGCCAGUCGUUGGAAUGUUGCCUUCUUUAGUCCAUGGUGUUCAGAAGGAUCUCUAUGAGUGGAUUUCUGGUGUUCUGUGCCGAACGAAUGGUACGUUUACCUUCAGAGGCCCGUGGUUCACUAAUCUCAACUGCGUGGUGACCUGUGAUCCCAGAAACCUGGAGUAUCUACUCAAGGAAAAGUUCUCAAACUUUCCGAAAGGAGGGUAUUUCCAGAACACGGUUCAAGAUCUUCUUGGCAAUGGGAUAUUCAGUGCAGAUGGUGGGAGUUGGCAUAGCCAGAGGAAGACGGCAGGAAUUGAGUUCCACUCUUCGAAAUUCCGGAGCCUCACAACCGACUCUCUGCUGGAACUUGUCCACCAGAGGCUCUUGCCUGUCCUGGAGGAGUCCAUCAUCAGCCAAUCAGCCGCGUAUCCCGUUGAUCUGCAGGACAUUCUCCUACGCUUCACAUUUGACAAUAUAUGCAUGAUAGCUUUUGGGGUUGAUCCCGGGUGCUUGCAGCCUGGUCUGCCAGAAAUCCCAUUUGCCCAAGCUUUUGAAGCUGCCACAGAGGCAACCAUCAUGCGGUUUGUGAUCCCUACAUUUAUAUGGAAGGCCAUGAGAUAUCUUGGCUUGGGGACAGAAGGGGACCUGAAACUAUCGCUGAAGAAGGUCGACCAGUUUGCAGAUGAAGUCAUCAGGACAAGGAAGAAGGGGCUGUCUUUGGCAUCACCGGAAGGUAUCAAACAAAGAUCGGACCUUCUAACAGUCUUUAUGGGGCUCAAGGACGAACAUGGCAGCCCGUUUUCAGAUAAGUUUUUGCGUGAUAUUUGUGUGAACUUCAUAUUGGCUGGUAGAGACACUUCAUCUGUGGCACUAAGCUGGUUUUUCUGGUUAUUGAAUCAAAAACCAGAGGUAGAGGGAAGAAUUCUGGCAGAAAUCUGCCAGAUAUUGAACUCGAGGGAUAACCGUCAUAACACAGAGUGUGAGGAAACACUGAUAUUCAAGCCAGAGGAAAUAAAGAAGAUGGACUAUCUUCAGGCUGCUCUAUCAGAGGCUCUGAGACUGUACCCUUCUGUUCCCGUGGAUCACAAAGAGGUUCUCGAGGAUGACAUUUUCCCAGACGGGACAAGGCUAAAGAAAGGAAGCAAGGUGAUAUAUGCAAUCUACGCAAUGGGGAGGAUGGAGAGUGUGUGGGGAAAAGAUUGCAGAGAGUACAAACCUGAGAGAUGGCUUCGAGAUGGGAGAUUCACAAGCGAGUCUGCCUAUAAGUUUGCAGCAUUCAACGGCGGUCCAAGGUUGUGCUUGGGAAAGGAUUUUGCUUACUACCAAAUGAAGUUUGCAGCUGCAUCCAUAUUGUACCGUUAUCAAGUGAAGGUGAUAGAGAAUCAUCCAGUAGUACCAAGGAUGUCGCUGACACUGUACAUGAAAUAUGGCUUAAAGGUGACGCUCUCAAGGCGUGUUAAGUCUGAGCUUCAUCAAUAUCUGCACAAGUAAUAUAUCCAUUUGAUAGGCCAGUGUAUUCAUGUAAUGUACUGUAUGUAAUACUCUUUGCUUAUCUUUUACUCUUUUGUUUGGUACUUCAAACAUAGACCGGGUUGUUCUUUUUCUAGGGUCCGUUUGGAAAGGAGGAAAAUGAGGAACAGAACUUUUUUUUGUGGUGUAAAUUCUUUUACUACCUCCAUGACUCCCUCCUAUUUAAAAUGUCUAUUUGUUGCAUU